AGGUUGGUUUCAACUCGGGCCCUCCGCGCAGAGGACCCAUAUAUUAUUUUUUUUUCCUUCCAAAAUGGCAGCCUCCAGCCGCGCACAAGUGUUAGAUCUGUACCGGGCGAUGCUGAGAGAGAGCAAGCAUUUCAGCUCCUACAAUUACAGAACGUAUGCUGUCAGGAGGAUAAGAGAUGCCUUCAGAGAAAAUAAAAAUGUAAAGGAUCCUGUAGAAAUUCAAGCCCUAGUGAGUAAAGCCAAAAGAGACCUUGAAAUAAUUCGCCGACAGGUUUAUAUUGGCCAACUGUAUUCAACUGACAAGCUUAUCAUUGAGAAUCAAGAGAAGCCCAAGACCUAGGGAGCUGGGGACCAGCCACCAGCGGCAGCCGGGGACCACCUUCCGCAUCCGUUCUGUGCUGGGGAUGAGGCCUCCCAACACCAGCUUAAAGUAGCCUCUUGCUCUGCCUGCCCUGGAGAAGCUGAUAAACUGAGUCGUGUUUGUAUCGUCCUGCGGCCUGCCUGGGAAGGAAGGCUGUCUCCUCAGUCCAAGUGUUAGAAGGAAGAGUUGGAGCUCACUCAUAAUAAUGCUAUGUAUUAUUGUGUCUCCUCUCCACCCUGCCUUAUUUUGUAUCCCAUCGCCACUGUAUAGAGCAUUUCCAGACUUUGUUUCUUGCUCCUUGACAAUAAACAGAAUUGUCUCCCGAAGCCUUUCACACCAGGUAAA